CUUGAAUUAGAAAAUGUCAGCAUUGUAACAAGGUCAAAUUUAAGGUAACGCAUACAUCUUUGGGCCCGCGUCUGCUUGUAUCUGAAUACCUAUUCAACAGUGCCCCCCCGUUGGUCGAUUAAAUAUUGCACGGGAAUCAGUCAGACUCAGAGUAGCUAGCUAGCUAACAGUACGCAACUAAAACCCACGUGGAUAACUUCUUGGGCUGGUUGCUAUUAUAGUUCGUUUCUAAGUAAGGAUCGUCGUUCAUAUAAUGUCCACAAUGUCCUCCGGGCACCAGAAAGCAACGAUGAAGCGAAAGCAACAUCAAGAAGUGGCUGUCACUGUGUCUAGGUUGGAUAACAAGUCAAAAAAGACCAAAAAUCUGUCAAAUAAAGCCCCUGACAGUAGUGGUGAAGACUCUGAACUGGAAGAAAACUUUGCCUUACUCAGUAAAAAGAGCUCCUCAGGUAUGAGCCAGGAAGAGUCUGGCCAAGAGGAAGAGGAGUACAGUUUGAGUGGUGGAGAGGCUCUUGAGGAUGACAGUGAAGAAGAGGCUAAUAAUGAAGAUGAUGCAGAGGUUGAAAAUGCAGAGAGUGAUGGUGUUGACCACACAGGUUUGGGUAGUGACACUGAGGACUCUGAGGAUGUCGAUGAUGACGCAGAACAACCGGAAUUGGUAAACAGCAGUGGUGAAAUACAAACAGAAGACAACAUUAAAAAAGAGCUUUCAACAAUGUCUUUUGAGGACAUUAUGAAGUUUCAAAACAAGGUGGGGACAAAGGUCUACAAUGAAAUAGCCUACGGAACAACCAAGGCUAAACAAACUCCCACAAAGAAACGCCUCAACAAGAAUAGGCCAAUGGAGAUAUCAGCCAAGAGGCCCGCCCCUUUUCUCAGACAAGUAGUUCCUGUCAAGAAAUCCGUGUCAAGAGAUCCUCGAUUUGACGAUCUGUCCGGUGAAUACAAACCGGAGAUCUUUGAGAAAACAUACAGAUUCAUCACCGACAUCAAACAGCGCGAGAGAGAUGUAGUGCAGAAGAAGCUCAAGAAACCAAUGAAGGGCAACCAGAAGAAGGAGAAACUUCAGUUCCUGUUGAAAAGGAUGGAGAACCAGGAGCGGGCCCGGAAGAGCUGGGAACAGCAGCGUGAGAAGGAGCUAGAGUUCAAGAGGAAGCAGAGAGAGAUGGCGGGCCAGGGACUGAAGCCUUUCUUCCUCAAGAAAUCUGACAAGAAGAAGCUGGAGCUGGCAGAGAAGUACAGCGAACUGAAGAAGAGCGGCAAGCUGGAAAACUUCCUCAGCAAGAAGAGGAAGAGGAAUGCUGGCAAAGACCGCAGGAAGCUGCCUUUCCAGCAGAAGUGACUGUCCUGAUUGGGACAUUUUGGCCUCAGAAACUGGCCCAGGAACAGUCUUGCUCUUUUCUUUGUCCUUGAUGAUGAUGAUGAUGAUGAUGAUGAUGAUGAUGGGACAUUUUGGCCUCAGAAGCUGUCCCAGGAACAUUUUACACUGCUUUGUUUUUACUAAGGGCCAAUCUACCAAGGGGUCGCUCUUCUAUCUUGAGAUUCAUGUGAGUAACUUGAACUGGUCCGAAUCCCAUUAACAAUGUAUGAUUUAUGUGAGAGUCUCAGAUGCUUGCAUGCAUCUUAAGUUUGGACUGAGCCAAUAAGGUUAGGAGAGGGCUGAAAGAGACUGAAGCCAAGCGAAUGCGGCCCUAUCAUGGCCAUGGAGGUGUCCCAUGGGAGAGGACUUAAUCACAACUAUGGUAUAUUUAGUACUUCAUAUCGUCUUCCCGUAUUUGCUCACCGCCGAGGAAUUUCUGAAAGCACACUGUUGAUUUUGUAUGUUUUUAUGAGGACUUCCAAUGCAAAUACGUAUGGUUUGUAUGUAUCAUGUUAUUUCAUUGGAACAUGCAGAAGGGUCAUUUUUGUAUUAAAUAUAUACGUCAUUGCCAAUA